AGAACGAUUCCUAUUGCGUGUGGUAGAAGCAAGUAAAUACUGUAUAGACUUGAAAACCAAAGUCUUCCAAAGAACCAAACCGGAAAAUGACCCAGCCAUGAAGGUCCAUCUUUCCCAACCAUCAAAGUCCGGCCACAUGCCGCGGGAGGAUGAUCCCGACUCGGUACGACCAACCAUCCCCGGUCAGGGCCUUCCCGUGGGCGGCGGCCUCCGGAAGAAGGGCACCGGAGUCCGACCAUGGCUUCUGCUUGACUCCACGGGCCAAGCCCAGGUGGUGGAGGCCGGAAAGCACGCCAUCAUGCGCCGAACGGGUUUGCCGGCCCGGGACCUCCGGAUCCUAGAUCCAUUGCUGUCGUACCCAUCGACGGUGCUGGGUCGUGAGAGUGCGAUCGUGAUAAAUCUGGAGCAUAUAAAAGCCAUCAUCACGGCUCAGGAGGUUCUGCUUCUCAACUCGAGAGACCCUUCUGUCACCCCCUUUGUUGAGGAGCUUCAGCGCAGGCUCACGCGUUACCACCAGGCUACCAAAGGGGUCUAUGGUGAUAAUACAAACUGGUCAACUUUGUGUGAUAUGAAGGAGCCACAAUCAAGAUCCGUUAGCCCAGAAAAUUGCAGGGGAGCAUUUCCACAGGAUCAAAACGAGGAUGAAAAGGGAGAAGGAAAAGAGGAUCUCCAGAAUCAAGAUGGUUUGAAGGUUCUACCAUUUGAGUUUGUUGCACUGGAGGCCUGCCUUGAGGCAGCUUGUAGUUGCUUAGACAGUGAGGCAAGAACAUUGGAGCUUGAGGCUCAUCCUGCUUUGGAUAAGCUGACUUCAAAGAUUAGCACCCUCAAUUUGGAACGUGUUCGCCAAAUCAAGAGCCGCUUAGUUGCGAUAACUGGACGUGUUCAGAAGGUGAGGGAUGAACUGGAACAUUUGCUAGAUGAUGAUGAAGAUAUGGCUGAGAUGCAUUUAACUGAGAAGCUAGUUCAGCAACAGCUUGAUAAUUUUUCUACGUCUUCUAUGAACGAGAGAGAUGACAUGGAUGAUGAAGUUCCUCGAUCAGACAUGGAUGGCAGUGCCAUGAUUCCUAGUAAAAUCUCAUUUGAAACUGGCGGUGAUUACACAAACUAUGAAAAUAAUAUUCAGAAUACUGAUAACCCUCAGGAUCAAUUGUAUGGACCAUCUAAGUCCCUUAGUAGGGACAGCCGAGGGACCCAUACUAGUACUACCGACAGUGUUAUGAACAAGCAGCUUGAUGUAGAGGAGCUUGAAAUGCUUUUGGAAGCAUACUUUGUGCAAAUUGAUGGUACAUUAAACAAACUAUCCACACUGAGGGAGUAUGUCGACGACACAGAGGACUACAUCAACAUAAUGCUGGAUGACAAACAGAACCAUCUCCUGCAAAUGGGGGUCAUGUUGACAACGGCAACCCUUGUUGUGAGUGCCUUUAUCGUCGUGGCUGGUAUCUUUGGCAUGAACAUCAGAAUCGAGCUAUUCAAUGACAAGAUAGCGGGGAUGCCAAAGUUCUUAUGGACUGUAGCGGGCAGCACUACUGGGACAAUAUUCUUAUAUGUCGUUGCUAUUGCCUGGUGUAAGCACAAACGCUUACUAGAAUAGAGAAGUGCCAUGUUUGUACAGCUAGAGAAUCAUACCAGUACAAUGUUGUGUGUUUGUUAUAUAUACAUGCUUUAUAAAGACGAAGAAACAGCUCUCUAUGCACCUCAUUGUAUUUUGUAUUUCGCUGGAUCAAAUACGUAAGGCUGCAUGGUACACAUGUUGGAUA